AUGGAAGAAAAAACAAUACUAGAACGAACAGCAGAUUUACUCAAAAUCGCUGACAGAGACACAAGAACAAAAGAUAUCGACAGCCUCUUUGAGGAAAUCAAGGAUCAGUCGAAUGAAAUUAAAAAUGCAGCGAUUGAUACGUUUCUUGACUACAUUUGGGAAACCGAUUUGGAGUCUUCGGAAGACACGAUUCUUCUUGGUGAGCCAGCUUCAGUGACCAGAGAACGAUUGGACUCGAUAAUGAAUUAUGUUAAGGAAAAAGAGUAUGUCGAUAGUCGCGUAUUAAAGACACGGCUCGAUCCUACCAUGCUUAAACGUGUUAACCUUAUUGAGAAUCCAUCUGCAUUUGAAAGAAAAUCUGUCAGAAUAAAUACGUCAAUGCAAUACCGACAACAAAAAUACAACUUAUUACACGAAGAAUCAGAGGGAUUCGCAAAAUUAAUAGAGGAAUUAGCAGCAGCAGUCGGUCCACAGUAUCAAAAUGAAGAUGAGAUAUCUUUAAACAAACGUGCUCAAGUUCUAUUAGAGCAUCUUGGCGCGUACAUUGGAUAUUUUAGACUGGACCCGAAUCGUGUUCUAGAUUUAAUACUGGACGCGCUAAUUGAAAAUGUAAAGACGGACUAUAAAAUCUUUAUAGCGCUCUUGAAACUAUCUCCAUGGGGUGAAAUUAAUACGGAUGAUGGUGAUGUACUGAUGCUGGAUGCUCGAAGAGAGGUCGAUGGUAUUGAUGAAGAUAUAAGGCCAAGUAUCCUUGGGAAUCCGUUUAUUGGGCAACUUUUCGGACACCGAUACCAGCGACAUUUCUCCGACAAUGCAGCAUUUGCUGAAAAGAACAUUGAACUAUUAAACUUAGCUUGUGCAAUAUGUAUACACCAAAGAUUGACGUGUAUACUUGAUGUACUUCCUUAUCUUAAGGGGCACACAGAGGAGAUAAUAGUAGGAUUAUUGGAAAUUGGCGAUUUUCAGGAUGCAAAAUAUCCCAUAUAUUGUAAAGAUAACUUGAAACUCAGCAACGAGAUUCGAGAUCGACUUCGCACAAUAUUUGAAAUUGCCAUUAAACCUGCUUAUAUAUUUGAAUGUGAUACGGGUAUAAGAAACCAUCAAUCAAGAACACCACAUUUCUACCACGAGAAAAGUGAAAUUAUCACGAAAUUUAAUAAAGUUGAAGAAGUAACAGAAAAAGGAUACGAAUUGAUUCUGUUGAUCGGAACUGCAUUCGCGAGAGAUAUUCCAUCUCUAACCAGACUUAUAAGAAUUGGCAGAGCCCAGCUCAAAAAAGUACUUAAAAAUUUUUGA